AGAAACGAUGCGCGACUGCCACGGCAUCAGAUCGUUGAUCAGGUGUCUCUUGGAGCUCCACAUCGAUGACCCUCAGUUGGUGCGCCUGGCUGCGGCCGCCGUGUUAACGCGUGAGAAGGGUCUCGGCUGGAGCACUGAGGAGAUGGAGUCGGUUCGACAAGAGCUGAAACAACUUGAAGGUGCUUGGCGGAGAUUUCUCUCAGGCCCCGCUGCGGAGAAAUCCGUGGAGCGCCUUGCGGCGCUGCAUUUAGCCUUCAGGGAGAUGGAGGAGGCAGUGCUGAAGAGCGUGCCCAUCCCAUCCCUGGAAGAACUGAUCUUACGGGUUGCGCGGAUACAGCUGGGAGGUAGCUUCAGUUGUCUCGAGGAUGUGGAGGCUGCCGUUCUUUGGCCCCGAGGGGGUGGUCUCUCAGCCAUCGCUGAGGAUGCUCUCUCCACCUGCCUCAGCUCUUCGAAGUUGGGCGUGGGUGGUGCCUCCCGUGUGGCAUGCCUCGUGGGGGCCAUGCUUUCACCGAAGGAGAUGCUCGAGAGUCCUCCUACUACUAGGUCCAGCAGCAUGUGCGAUGCCAGCGCAACCGGGGUAACCGGGAGCGGCGCCAUGGUGUGCUGAGGUCUCCCAUGCAGUAGACGGGUACCUCGACGCCUGAGAAGUGACUCCAUGCGACGCCAGACUGAUGACUUGGGUUUGUUUAAGGUGUGAAAAAAAAUCCCAAUGGGAAAUCCACUACUUGCGGAAUCUAUA